GACCGCUGUCCUCUGUGGUGUUCAUCCUUACCUACUCCUCUCCCCUCCUGAGAUUCAGUUCUACAUAGAUCGGGCAAGUAACCCACGUGGACCUAACCGUCGGCCGCUUGCUCCGCUGCCCUCUCGUCUCUCCCUCCCGAAUCUCUGGCGGCGCCGCACCGCAGGCGCUGGUGGAAGGACCGGCCAAAGGCGGCGGGUUGGACGGGGGCUAGGGGAACCAGGAGCACCUCAACGGGCGCGGGGGCGGAAGGCGGCGAGCGGGGAGGCGGCGAACCACAGCGGUGGCGGAAGGAGGCGAUCGGGGACGUGGGGGCAGGCAGGAAACAGCAGCAGCGGCUGGUCGGGAAGAGCAGCGGUGAGCACUCGGUCACGGCGAUGAUUGUCUGGGCAAUGUGUGGUUAAUGGCCAUGGAAAUGCCAAGUAGAGUGGACGCAAACUGAGAUCACAGAUCGUGAACGCGCAACUGCAAUGGCUCCGAUUUGUGGGAGCCAAGAGUUCUUGGAUGAUCUGACAAUCAAAGUCUCUCGCUCAGUUGUACUUGUUCUGUCAUUCGAACCCCGUGGGACUUGCCAUCAAUUUAUGGAUAUGCCACCGAUGGAAGGAGAAGAGCGAGAUCGUUAUAUUCAACAAAACAUGCGAACUACCCAUUAUAAAUCUUGCACUGGUUUUAUCAUUGGAGUUAGUAAAAGAGUUAUCUUUAUAGCUGUCCAUCAUUCGCAAAUCAACACAGCUGCUUUUGAUACUUUCAGUGUUCGUUUCCAUGAUAAUAAUGAGAAGGCUGCUAAAAUCUUUAUCAAAAAAACAAAGUCAGUCACGAUAUUGUCAGUAGAACAGCCUGAUCACCCUUAUCAUCCAGUGCUCCGCAGUAGAAAGAGGAUUGGCAGGGACGAUGUCCUCAUUCUAUCAAAUGUGCACUUGGGUUGCUUGAAUUCGGACCAAAGUUCUGUUAUUAACCCAAGAACUGAAGCUAUUGCCAAUCCUGCUGAUUCCGACAGCAUCGUGCCGAGAAGUGGGAAGUGGUUUACUUUUGGUUGUACAACCGAAAUUGAAGAGCUACUGGGAGCACCCGUAUUUGACUUCAGUGGUCUGUUUGUUGGUUCAGUAGACACCAAUCAUCCAAGAAUAUGGAGUGAUGAAGUUAAAUGUUAUUCUGAUCUGAUUUAUGCACGUCAUGCCUGGUAUUUUUUCAGGAAGGCAAGGAGGAAAAUAGAGAAGAAAUUGAUGAAAGAGCGAAAAAAGAAGAAGAUGGGAGGUUAGAAGAAGCAAGAAGAUAGGUCAUGAGCAGGGUGCCGACUCCUAUGGUCUAAUUGCAAUUUUGUACAUGAAGUGUCAUGCCUUCUUCACCAACUCGCAGUGCCUACAAAGCUUGAAUUCAACUUUAUUUUGAAUGUCACAAUGCAUAGAUGCAGUCUUUACCAAGUUCACUGAACAUUGCUUUCAUGGGUGGACCGAUCAUAAGCAGCCUGCUAUGUUUGUCACAUGUAUCUCAAAAGGAUAGUUUCAUCUCAGCCAAACUAUGGAUCAGUCUUCGUUGUGCUAAAUGAGGGUAUACAGCUCAGUUUUACUCAUUUGGGUUCAGUAGUUAUCUCGUUUGACUGAUAAAUCUUGGUUUUACUAGGUUGAUUUGUGUGUUACUUGAUGGUUAUAUUUCUUGAAGUCAUCAGGCGAAUAAUUUUAUUUUAA